AAGGUAUAACAACUUCAACAGAAACAAACGGAAAAUUCGAGGCAAAAUCCCACACGUUUCGUGCUCACAUUGUAAUACUCUCCAGAUUUUACAAUUUUAUUUUCUAAUCCAAUAGAAAAAUAAAAAUAAAAAUAAAAAUAAAAAUCAUCCAUCAGCCAAAAGCCGCCAUUUGAAAAACCCUCUCUUUAGUUUCCUGCCAUUUCUAUUGCUAGAGAGUGAGAAAAAGCGAGGGAGUGAACAGUGACAGAGGGGAAGUACUUCUUGGAAACGACGCCGUGUCAGUGUUUCAGCAUAAACCCCGCUCCAAGCAAACCCUAAUUUUUUUCCUUUCUUGAAUGAGGUCAUACUUGGAUGAUUCAGAAUUUUCUCCUCUGACCCCUCACUCUUAAAAUGAAUACAAGAGGUGGCCAGGUAUCUAGGGGUCAGAAGUCAAGAAGUUUUCAGGGUGAGGGGCUAAAUUGGAUUCUUAUUGCUGGUGGUGCCUUGCUGAGUACCUUAUCAAUCCGCCUUGGUUACAAGCUGAAGCAGGCACUUGAUGCCAAGCAACAGCAUGAUUCUUCUACUAGAUCGAAAGGAAUUGGAUCUUCUGACAGGAGGAGAUCAUCAGGUUGCCGUUUACACUCAAACAUGUAUUCAUUUACUCAAGAAGAUGAUUGGUGUUUCAACUGCAUUUCAGGAGCUGAAAGCAUAGGGGGUAAGCACCCGCCUAAUGGCCACAUGCCGCCUUCAUCUGAAGUUGCUCUCCCUCUGGUGACAGUUCCCACAUCUGAUUUCAACAAGGAUAAUGGCAUUAUGUGGGCAUCAUCUCCUGAUCGCCUUGAGUUGCCUCCAAAGCCAUUCCAUCAUUCCAACUGCUCUGAUUCACCACGUGUCUCAGAAUCAGGCUCCGAUAUAUAUAGCAAGCGGGAAGUGAUACAAAAGCUAAGGCAACAGUUGAAGAGAAGGGACGAUAUGAUUCUGGAGAUGCAGGAUCAGAUUACUGAGCUUCAGAAUUCACUGAAUGCUCAAAUUUCACACUCGAGUCAUUUACAAUCACAGCUGGAUGUUGCAAAUCGUGACUUGUUCGACUCCGAGGGAGAAAUCCAAAGGCUGAGGAAGGUGAUUGCCGGUCAUUGCGUAGUACGCGUCAACACAAACGACAAGACUUCAACAGUUACAGCUUUGGCACCUGACAUAAAAAACGGCCAUGCAAACGGGUAUCUUGGUAUCGAGACUAACUUGGACUCCCCCGAGAAGAGAAGGGGAGAUGAGGAGAGAAUCGGAAUGCUGAGAAAUGAAGUUGAAGAGUUAAAAGAGGUGAUAGAAGGAAAACAAUACUUGUUGCAGAGCUACAAGGAGCAAAAAAUGGAGCUUUCCAUGAAAAUCAAAGAGUUGCAGCAAAGAUUGGAUUUCCAGCUCCCCAGUAUAUUGUAGGUAAUGUUUUUUUCUAAACAUUUUGUGCAUUCUUACUUGUUUUCCCCUGUUUUGAAAAAAAAUGCCUAUUUUCUUAUUUUUUUCCCACUAUCAUUUGCCUUAAAAGUUUAGUGUUAGAUGAUAUGUUCAUUGCUUUGCAAGUGUCUUCUUUUUUGUAUAUAGAAAUUAGAAACCAAGUUUUCUGUGUUGCA